AUGCUACACUCGCGCCUUCGACCCCUCCCCCGCAGAGGUCGUUCAGUGCAAAAAAGCAAUAACAAUGACUCGACAACUCAAGCACCAGACUUUACCGGUAUAACAGAAGACGAGAACAAAGAAGAAGAUGAAGAAGAAGAAGAUGCAGAAGACAUUUUCGCAGCGUUUCUACCCCAUCUCCUCCCCGACGAUGCGCCUCAAUUCCAUGGUGAUCCGGGACAGCUCCUUCGAUAUGAUUCUCCGUUAUACGGGCCGUUGACGAUCAUGGUACCGCAUUAUCCGGGCCAAAGUAACGAUCGGAAUGAAGAGAUUGCUUCUGGAUUGAAAAAGGAGGAGAACGCCAACAACCGACGAGAUAAUGGCAUCGGGGCGGUUAAUAAAGUCGAUGAAGGAAGGAAACUCUUUGCGCAUUUCCUCUGGAGUGCGGCCAUGGUUGUUGCGCAGGGUGUGGAGGAUGCGGAUGCUCUAGAAAAGUCAGGCAGUAAAAGCACAGAUAAGACGAUGUGGAGCGUCAAAGGGCAUAGAGUCCUUGAACUCGGUGCUGGCGCCGGUUUACCCUCUAUUAUAUCAGCGUUAGCUUUCGCAUCACACGUCACGAUAACCGACCAUCCAUCCUCCCCAGCCUUUUUAGGAGCCAUCGAACACAACAUUAUAGAAAACGUCCCGGCCUCACUGCGUCCAAACAUUGACUCGGCACCACACGAAUGGGGCGUCCUAGAAGACGAUCAAUUCGCGCAAAAGAACAAAGGGACAUUCACACGAAUAAUAGCUGCGGACUGUCUCUGGAUGCUUCAUCAGCAUAGCAAUCUCGCCAAAACCUUACUAUGGUUUUUAUCCGAUGGCAAAGGUAGCGAUGAUGGUCAAGAAGAAGGUCGAGUAUGGGUCGUCGCGGGGUUUCAUACAGGCCGUGCUAUUGUUGCACAUUUCUUUGAGACGGCUGUUGCCAUGGGUCUGGAGAUUGAGAGUAUAUAUGAGCGAGACUUGAAUGCGGGCGAGACGGAAGAAGCUAAACAAGAGCAGGGGGAGGUGCGGCGGGCUUGGGAGCCGGUGAGGGUUGGAGAGGGGCCCGAGAAUAGGAAGCGAUGGUGUGUUAUAGCUGUACUCAAGAGAGCCAGAGCAUCACGUUGA